AGACUAAACAGCACAGAGUUGAAAAGGUCGCUUCGAACAGCAAUGGCGGCUGUUGAAUCAGCGACGGUGCAGCGUUCAUUUGGAUGCAAUGCAAUCCUGCUUCUUGUUGUGCUCUUGCUGGUUAGCACAAUUUCUGGAACGGAAAUUGCCAGUGCAGAUUCCCAGGGUCAUAAGGGGUCCAAUGCCUCAAAUGGCUGGACAAACAUUCCAACCCUUGGAGAGCUGCAGAAAAGGAACGCCCUGGGGACGUCUUUAGAGAUCAUCGAAGUCACCAAGCCGAUAAAACGCCCGGCCACUGAGUCAUGCACCAUCACUCUGGUGCCAAGAACGGAGUUCCCCCCAUCCCCUUACACGGGCCUCUACUACAACAAUUACACAGGUUCUUUCACUGCGCCGAAUGCAACGGAGUGCGGAGAAGACUGGAGCCUGGUCGUGCUUGAUUGGGAUGCAUCCAGCCAGGGACGACAGUAUGAUCGAUUCUCGGGGCUGUGGCUGGGCCGAGCAGAGCUACUCCGCACGUCCACGGCGGAGCCGACAGUCAACGGCAUCCACUGGCACAUCGAGAAAGACGUCACCAAACUUUCCGCCCUCUUCAAAUCGGACCAUGACGUCUUCAUGGAACUCGACAACAGCAUUGGGGGGGUGCUAUCCGGGAUCUUUACCGUUGAGGUCACGCUAACCUUCUACCGGGCGACGAACGAGACUGACGCGCAAGAACUGCCUGAUGUGGUUUUGCCGAUCGCCAACAAGGAGCCGGGGCAUGGGUACUGGUUCGUGCUCAACGGAGGUUCCAAUGGCACGGGCAACUUUGAGAACCUUCCGCAGAACAUCUACCGUGCCGAGCUGGAGAUCAUCGCGUCCCCCCACCUGUGCGAAGAGUUUUGGUACACGGACCCUCCAACCGGGGUCACUACCGACUUUGGGUGCAAGUCGCUCGGGGCGUUUCAUGAGGUGCGUGCAUUUGUCGACGGCGUGAUUGCCGGAGCGGCCUGGCCGACCCCGGUUGUAUUCACCGGGGGCUUCGACCCUUACUUGUGGCACCCCGUGGUUGGAACCGGGGCGUUCCUGGGGCCUAGUUACACCCUCGAUUUGACGCCGUUUGUGGGCCAACUCGUCGAUGGGAAACGGCACUCGAUCGCGAUCGAUGUUGCGGGGGAUACGAGCUAUUGGCUGGUUGACGCCAAUCUUCUUCUAUGGCUAGACCCUGACUCCAACCAAACCUCUGGGGGGGUCCUGAAGCACAAGAUCGAGACUGACGUCGUCCCCCUGGCAAGCGGUUACGACGAGAGCGCCAAGCGUCACGAUUACGUCAGCGGGUACGUGGCGUCCUCCAAAGGCAACCUGACAACUGUCAUCUCCCGCUCGUUUGAUUUCUCAAACUCCCAAGAGUACGUUAACUUCGGAGCGCAGCCGCAAAUCGUGGGUUGGAAGCAGCUAACCCACGUCAAAAGCAAGGUCAGCACAAAGGCUAGCGGUGCUAACAACGCACUGUACGAGUUUGAGACGGAAGAAACCACGCCGUUUAGUGGGCAGUUCAAUCCGUAUACCGGCGGGGUUACGCUGAGCAAGGUUAACCGUCUGAGGACGAAGCUAAAGAGGGGCGACGAUCCCGAGAUGGAUUCGUAUCUGGUUAACGUGCAGACUGCGACUGACCCUGCUUUUGGGGCCGCCACUGCUCAUGUGGUCCAGCAGUAUAGCGUCGCUGGAGGGGACGAGUGCUAUCAAAGAAUGCUCACCACGGCUUUCGGAGCGAUUGCGACAGACGUGGAGAGCACAGAGGGAUGCCCGCAAGUAGGAGCGGAGGUUGUGUAAUUAAGCAAAGCCUUUAUGUAUAUCUGAGUCAGGUCCGACCUUGGACAGGCUGCCCCUGGUACGGACAUUAUUAACUACUAAAAUUGAGCCCUUUACUGUGGUACAACUCCCACGAUCCUUAGCUUCGGUGGAAGGUCAACCUGAGAAGCUGGGUAUUUGGGUGCAGCUAGCCUGAGCCGGCCAGCCUGGCCAGCCUGUUGGGAGUUGGUCACCGCGCUCAGUGCAGCUGAGGCGGCCUAGAUUUGCCUCGUGACAUGAUAUGGUGGUGCCAGUACAAUGAUCACGCCGCCGAUGCGUUAAUAUUACUAGUGGCUGGCCCGCAGCCUCAAUCCGCU